AUGUCUCUCAGCGACCGGGAGAAAUCGCAGCUGCGAAGCGCCUUGCAAGAAGCCGUUGUCAAGUGCUCCGAGCGAUGCCUCUAUCAAUCGUCUAAAUGGUAUGGUAGUACCCUUCCUCCCCCCCAUACAGACACCUUCCUCUGGGUUGAGCCAUUAUGGAGGCUAACUGCUGGUUUCGACAGGGCAGCCGAGCUCCUCAAUGCCAUUCCCGAGCCCGAGGCUUCUUUCGAUGAUUCGCAGCUCUCAGAUGCAUCUACCGGCCAUGUACCGGCAGCAUUGGCCCCAAAUGCAGAUCCAGACGAAGCAGCUAUGGAAGCCAAGGAGAUCAACAAAUACUUGCUGGCCAAGUCCUUCUUCGAUUGCCGAGAAUUCGAUCGUUGUGCCGCCAUCUUCCUACCAGACUCUACUCUCGCUGGCAUAGUGGCCUCGAAGGAUGUCAAUACCACACCGAAGGGCAAGGGUAAAGGAAAGGCUACUGCUGGUAAUACCAAAGUAGCCGCCGGACAGACAUUACCGAAGCUUAGCCAGCGAAGUCUGUUUCUUACCUUGUAUGCCAAAUAUCUAUCGGGCGAGAAGCGGAAAGACGAGGAGACCGAGAUGGUAAUGGGCCCUCAAGAUCUCGGCACAGUUGUCAACAAGCAGCUGCUCACCGUCAGCCGUGUCUUGGAAGCCUGGUUUGAGAGUCGCAAGGCCGAAGAUGGAGAGGACCUAGACAGUCAAGGGUGGUUGGAAUAUCUCUACGGCAUGGUUCUCGCAAGACAGAAGAACGAAGAGUUAGCUCUAUACUGGCUUGCUCGCAGUGUCCACCUCUUCCCUAUGAAUUGGGGCUGCUGGCUGGAAAUGAGUUCACUUAUUUCCAGAGUAGAAAACAACAUCGUCUCUUUCAUGUUCCACAUUCAUACCUCGCUCGAGCUUUACCAACACGAUGCCAACCUCGCCAAUUCCCUCGAACAGUUACUAGACAUCUUUCCGACGUCCUCAUUCCUGCUGACAUGCGAUGCGCUUCUCUCAUACCACGCCAAAGACCUUGUGGCUGCAGAACAACACUUUAGCCGCCUACUCUCCUUGCAUCCGCAUCGACUCGACUCUCUAGACCAUUACUCCAACAUUCUGUAUGUCAUGAACUCGAGACCGAAGCUCGCGUUCUUGGCACACCUCUGCAGCAGCGUUGACAAGUUUCGUCCCGAGUCUUGCGUUGUCAUUGGUAACUACUACUCAUUACUCUCUUUGCAUGAGAAAGCGGUGCAGUACUUCCGUCGUGCACUGACGCUAGAUCGCUCCUGUCUCUCGGCUUGGACUCUCAUGGGCCACGAGUACGUCGAGCUCAAGAAUACGCAUGCGGCAAUCGAAUCAUACAGGCGAGCUGUGGACGUCAACAGAAGGGACUACCGCGCUUGGUAUGGAUUGGGCCAAACGUAUGAAGUGCUGGAGAUGCACGCUUAUGCUCUUUGGUACUACAAAAAGGCAGCCGGACUAAGGCCAUGGGAUGGCAAGAUGUGGAUGGCGGUGGGCUCCUGCCUGCAGCGCAUGAACCGGACUCAUGACGGAAUCAAGGCCCUGAAGCGUGCUUUGCUUGCCGACAGCUACUACGAAACAGGCAGUAGUUUUGGCAGCGGCGGCUCCGGUAGCAUGCGCGGUGCCCAUAUGGACCCGGAUAUUUUGCUACAGAUCGCUGGCAUGUACGACGGGCUCGGUGAAGAUGAAGAUGCCAAGGCAUACAUGGAGAUGUGCGUGAACCAAGAAGUUGGCGGCGGCGGUGGUGACAGUCAAGGGGAGAGCAUCGCUAUACAUCACGACUCGCCAGGUUCGGACGACGAUGGAGAAGGCGGGGGACAUGGAGGAGGGAACGAAGGCACGGGUGUUACAGCCGCCACUAGUAAGGCGAGGAUGUGGCUCGCUCGCCAUGCGAUGAGGUCUGAGGAUUAUACCACGGCAAACCGGUUAGCAAAUGAGCUUUGUCAAGACGGUGUUGAGGUGGAAGAGGCCAAAGCUCUCAUCCGAGAGGUCAGAUCCAGGAUGGAGGCUGCCGACGUAGGGGGGCCUGCGAAGUGA